ACAACGCUUGAGUACUUCCGGGUGAGCUAGAGAUUCUGCAUGUCACCGCUAUACAGAGGUUUAUUCUAUUAAAUUUCAACAUUUCUCCGUGAGGAUGUCGCGCGGCUCGAGCGCAGGGUUUGAUCGCCACAUCACGAUCUUCUCACCGGAGGGACGACUUUACCAAGUGGAAUAUGCGUUUAAGGCGAUUAAUCAGGGCGGCCUGACGUCGGUGGCCGUGCGGGGGAAAGACUGCGCCAUCGUCGUCACACAGAAAAAAGUCCCGGACAAGCUCCUGGACGCCUCUACAGUCACACACCUGUUCCGCAUCACAGACAACAUCGGCUGUGUGAUGUCGGGCAUGACUGCCGACAGUAGGUCUCAGGUGCAGAGGGCGCGUUACGAAGCGGCGAACUGGAUGUACAAGUACGGGUACGAGAUCCCGGUCGACAUGCUGUGUAAGAGGAUCGCCGACAUCUCACAGGUGUACACACAGAACGCUGAGAUGAGACCGCUCGGCUGCUGUAUGAUCGUGAUCGGGGUGGAUGAGGAGUUCGGGCCCCAGGUGUAUAAAUGCGACCCUGCAGGUUAUUACUGCGGCUUCAAGGCCACAGCGGCCGGAGUGAAACAGACUGAAGCCAUCAGCUUCCUGGAGAAGAAAGUCAAGAAGAAACACGACUGGAGCUUCGAGCAGACCAUGGAGACGGCGAUCAGCUGCUUGUCCACGGUUCUGUCCAUCGACUUCAAGCCGUCGGAGCUGGAGGUGGGAGUGAUCACGACACAGGAGCCUCGCUUCAGGAUCCUGUCCGAGGCCGAGGUGGACGCUCACCUGGUGUCUCUGUCUGAGAGAGACUAAUCUCGGAGAACCGCGGCGCUCUGUAGAACGCUCUUCAUGUCAUUAACAACAUGUUCUGUAUAGUCCCAUCUGUAUGAUUAAAGUGUUUUUUUUGG